CCAUGCCUUUUUGCAAUUUCCAUGCACUUAUAAGUAGCGUAACCAAACCGCUCUCAUUUCUUAAAAAGACUUUCCUUUCUUUUCAUUUGAUUUUAAUUAGUGACGUUCUUCACCAAAAGUCACUAUACCUAACAUACCAUUUGUUCGUUACACACACUCAUAUAGCCCAUUCUUUUAAGAAAGAAAAAAUAGUAAGUUUUCAUGGCCAGCCUCAGAAAUAUGUCAAAACUCCCCAUCCUUUUGUUCUUUCUUGUGGUUUCUACACAAAUAACAAAUGGAUUGAUUCCAAGAAAACUUGAUGAGGUUAUUGAGAACAAAUGUGGUGGCUGUCCUUGUAACAAUCCAUGUAAUCCUCCAUCUCCACCACCACCUCCACCAGCUCUGCCACCACCAUCGCCGCCACCGCCAAAGAAGCCACCAAGUGGAUACUGUCCUCCUCCUCCUCUUCCGCCUUCUGGCGGUAGCGGUGGCGGCGACGGCAGUGGUGGUUAUGGUCCAAAUCCUCCAAAUCCACAAUACAUUUACAUGACUGGUCCACCAGGGAAUUUAUACCCUGUUGAUCAAUAUUUUAAUGGUGCCAAAAGGACCUUCUCUAGUGGCUUUUCACUUUUGAUCGGUGUAUUUUUCUUGGGAUUACUUACUUUGAGGUGAAUUUGAAGAGGAAAUUCAGAAUUUUAAGGAGGACUGAUCAAAUUUAAUUAGUAAGAAGAAGAAGAAGAGGAGCUGCAGAUUUCAAAGACCAGAGAUUUAGUGGCUACGAAUAUUUUAAUCUUUUUACGUUUGUGCGUAUAUAGCAGUUAUGAUCUUAUCUUGAUAUCCAUCUGUCACCUAGUUCCAUUAACCAAUUUAAUGUCCUUCCACUUUGAUUCUUUUGUAAAAUUUCACGCUUUCCCUUCAUAUUUGAUCUAAGGGCUUCUAUAAUUGGUUACCCA